CGGGAAGGAGAACUAGUACGAUGUCUCUUUAAGAUACAGUUGGACGGCUGGAUAAGCCAUCCCGUCUACCAUGUCGUCACAUGAUAACCAUCAGUCACUGGUGCAUGACAUCUUGCAACAAUUUGACAUUGAUUCUGAUGAUGUUUCCAAGGUUACCCAAAGGUUCCUUCGGCAACUUCAAGAGGGACUAGAUCAUCCCAGGCCAUGGCAACUUCCAUCGUAUGUGUACCACGUUCCGGAUGGCUCGGAGAAGGGAACAUUCCUUGCUGUUGAUCUGGGUGGGACCAACUGUCGGAUUUGUCUCGUUGAUCUGCUCGGAAAUUCGACAUACAACGUGACGCAAACGAAGCAGACCGUGCCCGAGCAUCUACGAAUCAACCCUAGAUAUCAACCACUGUUCUCUUUUAUAGCUAAGGCUCUCCGCGAAUUCCUGGAUCGACACAAAUUGCGACCAGAAAAUGACUGUUCAGCUGGGGCUCGAAGAAUACCGCUUGGCUUUACGUUCAGUUUCACCUGUGAACAGACGUCUAUAUCAAAAGGGACGCUGAUACAAUGGGACAAAGGAUGGGACAUCCCGGAAGCGUUGGGCAAAGAUCCAUGUGCAAUGCUUCAAGAGUCAAUCGAUGAGAUGGAACUUCCCGUUCAAGUCUCGGCCUUGGCAAACGAUAGCGUGGGCACGCUACUUUCCAGAGCAUAUACGUCUCAAGAGCAGGGAAGUACUCUUGCAGGCGUAAUCAUUGGCACCGGUACGAAUGCCGCAUAUAUCGAAAAAGUGUGCAACGUGCAGAGAUUACCGAGACCUGAGCGCAAGCGGACGCACGAUUCAAUUGUACUCAACACCGAGUGGGGUUGUUUUGACGAUGAUCUCGAGGUGCUGCCGAUAACAUCCUUUGACCGUGCCUUGGACGCCAGCUCUAUCAACCCGCGGCAGCAGCAGCUCGAGAAGAGAGUCUCGGGGAUGUAUCUUGGGGAGCUCAUGCGGCUAGUCAUCCUACACUGCCACGAACAAGGUGUUUUCAACAUGAUCCUCGGCGAAGAAUCACCAUGCAAUCGUCCAUAUGGGCUUGACAGCUCCUUCCUUUCAUUACUCGCAAAGGAUAAGGCUGCCGAGUCUCUCGGCGUCGCGAGUGCUAUCGAGCGAGUGUUGUCAGCUCAAGGUUCGACAUUAAGGGAUGCAAGAGUCCUUGCCCAGCUAGCCGAUGGCAUAGUUAGACGCUCAGCACGCCUAGCUGGGUCGGCGCUGGGAGCAAUCAUCAUUCAGUCUGGCCGCUUGUCCGACACACAGUCUGAAAAGGGCACCGUUCAAGUUACAAGUUUGCAAACUCAUCGACACCGUAGCCAACGACCGAAGCACUUUGGAAGAGGAUGUGGGCUUCUCUCAAGAAUUGUUGGUUGGUUAAAAAGAUCUAUACCUAGUUCGACUGGACCGCGGAAUGUUGAGGACAAACCUUUGAGCCGAGGCUCAGAGCAAGACAUUAUCGAUAUUGGUGUGGAUGGCUCUCUUAUCCAGCUUUACCCAGGGUUUGAAGCGCACAUGCGUAGUGCACUAAGAGACAUCCAGGAGAUAGGACCAGAUGGCGAGCGCAAGGUGAGGAUGGGACUGGCGAAGGAUGGAUCAGGUGUAGGCGCAGCACUGAUGGCGAACGCGGCAAAAUUAAGUUGA